GGCAGUCCAGGCUCGCGACUUAUGUUUUUCCGCGUUCAGCGUCACAUGCUACGUCUUCCUCAUCCUUUGUCUCUUCGCAAAUGGCGGCUAACCACGAAUCAACGGCGAGCAAUCUGAACGGCCCGAAACCCAUACGAAGACUCGAAGAGGCUGUGAUAAAUCGCAUCGCUGCAGGAGAAAUUAUUCACAGGCCGUCUUCUGCCCUAAAGGAGUUACUAGAGAAUAGCCUCGACGCAAAAGCGACCUCCAUCAAGGUCAGCGUGGAAGAUGGCGGCAUGAAGCUGCUGCAGAUUCAGGAUAAUGGAUGUGGUAUUUGGAAAGCAGACCUACCGAUUUUGGCGGAACGGUUCACGACGUCCAAGAUUACCUCGUUUCAAGAUUUGGAGCGCCUCACGACGUACGGCUUCAGAGGCGAAGCUCUCGCAUCAGUCUCGUAUGUCUCUCAACUCUCCGUGGUCACGAAGACCAAAUCGGAUACUUGCGCAUGGAAAGCCGCGUAUAUCGACGGCAAGCUGGCCUCAAAAGACGGCUCACCCACUGAGCCGAAAGCAUGUGCUGGCAACGACGGCACAAUCAUAACCGUCGAGAACUUGUUCUAUAACACUCCAACGCGUCUGUCAGCUUUGCGAGGGUCAUCAGAAGAAUAUUCUCGGAUACUAGACGUCGUAACGAAGUAUGCCGUGCAUAAUCCUCAUGUCUCCUUUACUUGCAAGAAGUCAGGUUCCGCCUCACCAGACAUCACUACGCCAUCUGGUUCGUCGGUGAAACAGGCAAUAGGACAGUUGUACGGCCAGACCAUCGCAAAGGAACUUCUUGAGACAAGAAUCUCUUCGGCUGGAGAUGGUGUCAUACGCGUCGAUGAGGAGGAACCCUGGUCUGCAGAAGUAUUUUUUACUAGCCCUAACUACCAGGCAAAGAAGAUGGUUUUUUUGCUAUUUAUUACUCAUAGGCUGGUGGAGUCGUCGAGGAUCAAAAAGGCACUGGAGACUAUCUACACCGGAAUCCUACCGAAGGGUGCAUUCCCAUUCGUAUAUCUCAGCCUUCAGAUCGACUCCCGUUCCGUAGAUGUCAACGUCCACCCAACGAAGCGAGAGGUACAUUUCCUGGACGAGGAGCAAAUAACGCAAAAAAUUGGCGACGCUGUCCACGCUAUCCUAAUUGGUCAGAACCAGUCAAAGACAUUCGAAUACCAGACUCUGCUCACUGGUGGAACGGCGCCCACGGCUUCACAGAGCAAGAAGGGCAAAAAACGCGCUAGACCCGACGAGGAGGACGAGUUGAGCGAGGCGAGCUCCUCUGUCCCCUUGGCCGCUCCCCCAGCCGCGAAGAAACCGGCACCGAACCACAAGGUCCGCACCUCACAGCAGGAUCGUACGUUGGAUUCGAUGUUCCCAGUGUACACGCCCUCGCAACGGCCUUCGAUCGGCGAUGCAAAUCUUGGGCAAACACAAAAAACUGUGGUGGUCAAAGUACCCGAGAUCGUUGUCUCGGAGUGUAACUUGGCAUCGGUUAUGCGGCUGAGGCAGGAGGUAGAGGACGUGAAGCAUGAAGAGCUCACAGAGAUCCUUCAAAAGCACGUUUUCGUUGGUAUUGUUGACCUUGGACGAUGUCUGUCGUUGGUACAACAUUCCAAAAAGCUGUACCUCAUGAACCAUGGUGCAUUGGCUGAAGAGUUUUUCUAUCAGCUGGGUCUCAUCCAGUUCGGAGACUACCAUCGGAUCAAGCUUGAUCCGUCUCCUCCGUUACGGACAUUGGUGGAGCUGGCAGUGGACGUUGAGGAUACAUCAGCGAGCAAGCUUAGCAAGGCAAACAUUGUUAACAUGAUUGUGGACACUAUCACAGCGAGGCGCGAGAUGCUCGCGGAGUACUUCUCCCUCGAGAUUGACGCCGACGGCAACGUUAGCAGUCUUCCUCUUCUACUCAAGGGCUACACGCCCAACCUGGAUAAGCUGCCCCUGUUCCUCAUGCGUCUCGGCCCCCAGGUCGACUGGUACUCGGAACAGAAGUGCUUUCAAACAUUUUUGCGCGAGCUUGCGUACUUCUAUGUCCCGGAGCCGCUCAUAUCGGGCUCGACAGACGCGGACAGGGCAGAUGAGACCGCGAUGCGCUGGCAGAUUCAACAUGUGCUCUUCCCCGCAAUGACACGGUACAUGCUGCCACCAAAGACACUGGUAGACAGAGACGUCGUGCAGGUCGCGCACUUACCAGAGCUGUAUCGGGUGUUCGAACGGUGUUAAGUUGAGUCGGCCGGAGCCGCGUAAUCGAGUGCGUUCUCAUGCCCAGGCCUCUCAAAUUUUGUGUAGACAAGGGUCAUGAAUUGGCAUUGAUUCUGUGGCUCCAUGGUGUGGCGGCACACGCCAUGUGCAGUAGAUGUUUCAUGCGGCGAGCAGCGAGCACGCCGGCUCUCAUGAGGCCUGGGUGCCCGGGCUCGGCGAGUCAUCCGCGAGCGGCUGACGCUGACCCCGGGAAGGGUUUUGAUUGGGCGUCGCACAACUCCGAUAACACGAAUGUUCUAGAUCGUCUGACCCGGCUCAUAGUCAUUGCUCGGAGCAAAGGGUGGGAUACUUACAACGGCCAAGUUGCCUUUCAGGGCAUACUGCCUUAUUUCAC